AGGAGUUCCGCUCUUCACACUGUUCUACAUUUACUCCUAGAUACACAGAAACACAUCAAAACACACCAACAUCAGCAGCAGCAGCAGCAGCAGCAGCUUCAUCCAGGAGCAGCAGCUGAUCAUCUUCUCCUAGUUCCUCUGAUCUACAGUCUCCUAUUUACACUUUAGGACUCUAAUAUUAUAGAUAUGUUAAUAUAAACACACACACAGAGCUUCUCUCGAGUUUAAAUAGAAGUGAAGGGGGAUUAAGGGUCACCCUGUGAUCAUAAAUCUACUUCUAUAGCUGCCUUUUUACCCCGCUGUGGAAAAAUAACCCCACGGAUUGUCCUGCUGUCCUGUAGCUUUACCUCUCCGAUACAGCAGAAUAAAGAGCAAUGAAGAUCCUCUGCUCCUAGUGUUUUGACUUUCCCUCCUAGAUGAAGUUAAUUUCCACAAAAAACAACCCUAAGGACAUUUCACAAAGAUCAAUGUUAAUGUGCUAAAAGACAACCAAGUCACCCAAAAUAAUCUCCAGACCUGCAAAAGAUGUUUGCUGCAUCUCCAAGUGAAGGCGAGGAGAAACCUACCCGCUGGUCAGACUGUGGGACGAGUUUUACUCAAGUGAAUCAUGUCAAAACACACCAGCAAAUUCACACAGGAGAGAAACCGUUUCAGUGUUCAGAUUGUGGGAGGAGUUUUACUAGACAGAGCAAUCUCAAAAAUCACUGGCGUGUUCACACAGGAGAGAAACCGUAUCAGUGCUCAGACUGUGAGAGGAGUUUUACUCACCAGAGUGACCUCAAAAAACACCAGCGCAUUCACACUGGAGAGAAACCGUAUCAGUGCUCAGACUGCGGGACGGAUUUUACUACAUUGACUACUCUCAAAACACACCAGCGCGUUCACACAGGAGAGAAACCGUAUCACUGCUCAGACUGUGGGAAGAGUUUUAACCAACUGGCGAAUCUUAACCUACACCAGCAAAUUCACACAGGAGUGAAACUCUAUCAGUGCUCAUACUGUGGAAAGAGUUUUACUACACAAAGCAAUCUCAAAAGUCACCAGCGCGUUCACACAGGAGAGAAACCGCAUCACUGCUCAGAGUGCGGGAAGAGUUUUAUUCGGCUGUGUACUUUCAAACUACACCAGCGCAUUCACAAAGGUGUGAAACCAUUUCCCUGCUCAUACUGUGGGAGGAGUUUUACUCAACAAAUUCAUCUCGCAACACACCAGCGCAUUCACACAGGAGAGAAACCGUAUCACUGCUCAGUCUGUGCGAAGAGUUUUAAACGACUAACUUAUCUUCAGCUACACCAGCGCAUUCACACUGGUGUGAAACCGUAUCACUGCUUAGUCUGUGGGAAGAGUUUUUAUAGACGGAGUUAUCUUCAGCUACACGAGCGCAUUCACACAGGAGUGAAACCGUAUUACUGCUCAGCCUGUGGGAAGAGCUUUACUCAACAAAGUAGUCUCAAAAUACACCAGCGCAUUCACACAGGAGAGAAACCGUAUCACUGCUCAGAGUGUGGAAAACGCUUCAAUCGACUGAGCUAUCUCCAGCUUCACCAGCGCAUUCACACCGGAGAGAAACCGUUUCAGUGCAUAGAAUGUGGAAAGAGUUUUAAUCGUCUGAGCUACCUCCAACAGCACCAGCGUGUUCACACAGGAGAGAAUCCAUAUAACUGCUUAGUCUGCGGAAAAAGUUUCACUCAACAGAGUAGCUUCAGAACACACCAGCGCAUUCACACAGGAGAGAAACCGUAUAACUGCUCGGAGUGUGGGAAGAGUUUUAAUCGCGUUAGUUACCUCCAGCAACACCAGCGCAUUCACACCGGAGAGAAACCCUAUUUUUGCUCAGCCUGUGGGAAGAGUUUUAAUCAACCGAGUAGUCUCAAAAUCCACCAGCGCAUUCACACAGGAGAGAAACCGUAUCACUGCUCAGAGUGUGAGAAGAGCUUUAGGCAUUCAGGUGCAUUUAAGAAACAUAAGUGCAGUAAGAGCAGUCACUAAAGUGGACAGUGACACUUCUUCAAUCAUCCCAGUACUCAACUUACAUUUCAAACUAUCGAGCAACUGGGUUUUUUAAAGAAGUAAAAAAAAUAAAUCCGUUGUGUUAAUGAGCAUCUGAAGCAUAUUCAAGGAAAAAACAGACUUUUGUGUGCUUAACGCCAGGAGGACGCCCUUUCAGCUCAGAUUCUGAAGUGGCAUGCAUUUGAAGACAACACCCUCAAAAAUUCAUAUUAUUGAUUGUUUUUCCAGUGUAUAUUCUCAAGGGACAGAAACAGAGCAUAUUAUGAUAUUCCCACACCAUGGAGAGGGAAACACAGUUCACAGUUCACAGUUGAUGUUAAACUGACAUUAAAAGGAUUGCAGUGUUUGAAACACUCCUUAUACCUGCUGUCCUGAGCAUUAAAGAACAUUGUGAAAGUGUCCUAAAGGAUCAGUGGAAAUGAAAAUGUAUACCAUAUUUUUUGCACUAUAAGGCACACUGGAUUAUAAGGUACAUUUUAAGAGAGACAAUAAGAAACUUCUCAUUCAGCAGAUCUUGUUUAACGCGGUAAUUGUUUAGAGUAUAGUCCGAUAUACUCACUUCUGAACAAAGGAAGAGUUAACGUGUUUAGCAGCUAAUUCUAAUGCUGCUCCAGCAGUGCUAGCCAGGCUUAGCAGCAGGUUACAGGCCGAUAAUACUCACCUCUGAAUGAUGAAAUGGUGGUUAGUGGCUAAUGCUAAUACUGCUCCGGUCUCAGUGCUGGAGAACUAAACUGAAACUCCUGUAUAACUUUGUACUUCAGUGGAGUGGCUUUACUGCUCCUUAAUACCUGACUGAUAGAAUUCAUACAUAAGGAGCACCGGAUUAUAAGGAGCUCUGAUGAUUUUUGGGAAAAUUAAAGGAUUUAAAGUGCACCUUAUAGUGCGAAAAACACGGUAAUGGUUGUAGAAACAGAAAGGCAGUCAUAAUGAUAUGAUUGGUGUGUGUGUGUGUCUAUAUAUAUAUAUAUAU